AUGGAUUCCAAAGGCAACGUCCGAAGUGGAAACAAACCUGAUGCCAAGGCUCCCAGCUCCGGAAAGGCAGAAAAGCCCAACCCUGGGCCUGCCACGAAUGCAGACAAGAAGGAAACCCCUUCCAAAGAGCAGCCUGCCCCUGCCACUGCCACCUCUACCACCAAGAAGGCAGGUGGUGAUGCUGCCGUUGUGAACAACCACAGCAACCUGAAACCCAGUCCUGCUGCCACGGAGACACAAGAAGCCACCAGCCAGUCCCCUGACUCUGACCACAAGGGAAACAGCACUGAGGAGUCACCAGGCAGCAUCUUUGACAACAUGAAGCCCUUGAUCAUCGUUGGAGGAGUGGCGGUGGCUGCACUCGCUGUGAUUGUGGGAGUGGCAUUCCUAGCCCGGAAAAAAUGA